UUCUCUUUCAUUCCAUUGACCAUGGCUGUUUUCACAUUCGAGGACCAAACCACUUCUCCCGUGGCUCCAGCCACCCUUUACAAAGCUCUUGUGAAAGAUGCCGACAACAUCGUCCCAAAAGCCGUUGAUUCCUUCAAGAGUGUUGAAAUCGUUGAGGGCAACGGUGGCCCCGGAACCAUCAAGAAGAUCUCUUUCCUUGAGGAUGGGGAGACAAAGUUUGUGUUGCACAAAAUAGAAGGAAUAGAUGAGGCCAACUUGGGAUACAGCUACAGCAUUGUUGGAGGUGUUGCUUUGCCAGACACUGCAGAGAAGAUCACGAUUGACUCCAAACUCAGCGAUGCUCCUAACGGAGGUUCAGUGGUAAAGCUGAGUAUAAAAUACCACAGCAAAGGAGAUGCUCCACCCAAUGAAGAUGAGCUUAAAGCUGGCAAGGCCAAGAGUGAUGCUCUUUUCAAGGUCAUCGAGGCUUACCUUUUGGCCAAUGCUUGAAUUAUUA